UGAAGGCCACAUAUCUGCUCCAGUACAGGUUUUGAGCGUAAGCUUUAACAGAAGCUGUAUUGUAGGCCUAUAUGGUUGGGUUAUCAAGGCGGAACCUUCAGCAUCAAGCACUGGAGCGAUACGGACUGUUUUUGCAGACGCACCGCUGCGCUCAGGAGAGUUUGAACAGUUUAGGAUGGCUCAAGCAGACAGCAGGGCUCUGGCUUUGGGAGUUCUGGCAGGGGCUGCUGGGAUCAGCUUGGCGAUUGUCUGCUUCCGCAAAAUAGGGGCAGGCGGUGGCAGAGUCCUACACCUGAGCAGCAAUGCAGAUCACACGGCAGGCAGUCUGGGUCUGCAGACGGGCAAGGCGGAGGUGCUGGAUCAGCUGGGUGCUCUGAUCCAUUGUGUGUCUGAGCUCAAAGAGGAGGUAAAAGCCUUGAAGGAUGCACUUCCACACUUGCAGGAAAAUGUCAGAGAUCAGCUGAGGGGCCGGAGCGGGGGCGAUAUCAGUGCUCGCAAAGCAAGUCUACUUCAUCGAACUCCCACUAGGAGAAAAAGAGCAGGUGUCUCAGCUAGAAGUGAAGGACAAAGCUCAGAAGAGGCAGAGAGUGAAGGAGGAGGCAGACAGGUCAUAGCACAGAUGCGUAAGGACGGAAAUGUCCUAUGA